AUGUCACCCAAAAAGUCCAAGGGGAAUGUGGCCAAGACCCUGGAGAAGAAGAAGCCCAAGAACAAGCGUAAGUCAGAGAAGCCAAAGCGCAGCCCCCCGGAGGAGGAGACCCUGGUCUACCAGCCGCUGCCCAAGGGUGACAGACCCAACCUGUGCUCCGAGUGUGGGAAGAGCUUCCUGCACAGCUCGGAUCUGGUGAACCACCAGCGCAUCCACACGGGUGACAAGCCUUUCAUCUGCACUGACUGCGGCAAGAGCUUCCGGCAGAGCUCCACACUCAUCACCCACCAGCGCAUCCACACCGGCGAGACCCCCUACGAGUGCAGCUACUGCGGGAAGAGCUUCCGCGUCAGCUCCAACUUCGUGCGGCACCAGCGCAUCCACACGGGCGAGAAGCCCUACAAGUGCCCCAUCUGCGGGAAGAGCUUCACGGACAAGUCGACCCUGACCCAGCACCAGCGCACCCACACCGGCGAGAAGCCCUACAAAUGCGCUGACUGUGGGAAGAGCUUCAGCCGCAGCUCCCACCGCAAGCGGCACCUGCGGAACCCGCCCGCCAAAGGCCGGAGCAAGUGCUCCCACCGGAGCGGGGAGGCCGCCGUGGCCAAGGCCAAGGAGAUCAAGGUCAAGAAGCGGACGCCGACCAUCGAGAUUCCCAACACGUGCGCUGAGUGCUGGCAGAGCUUCAGCCAGAACUCGGACCUGGUCAAACACAUGCGGAUUCACACAGGAGAGAAACCCUUCAAAUGCACUCACUGCGGGAAGCGCUUCAGCGUCAGCUCCAACCUGACCCGGCACCAACGCAUCCACACCGGGGAGAAACCCUACAAGUGCCCCGACUGCGGGAAGAGCUUCACUGACAAAUCCACCCUGACCCAGCACCAGCGCAUCCAUACGGGCGAGAAGCCCUACAUCUGCAUCUACUGUGGGAAGAGCUUCAGCCGCAGCUCCCACCACAAGAGACACGAGAGAACCCACUCCGGGGAGAAGCCCAACAUCUGCAUUGAGUGUGGGAAAAGCUUCACCCAGAGCUCAGACCUUAUGAACCAUCAGAGAACCCACACGGGGGAGAAACCCUAUAAAUGCAUUGACUGCGGGAAGAGCUUCAGCGUCAGCUCAAACCUGAGUCGACACCAGAGAACCCACACGGAGGAGAAGCCCUAUCCCUGCACUGACUGUGGGAAAAGCUUCACAGACAAGUCCACUCUGACCCAACACCAACGCGUCCACACGGGUGAGAAGCCCUAUAAAUGCAUUGACUGUGGGAAGAGCUUCAGCCGCAGCUCCCACCACAAGAGGCACAUGAGGAUCCACACAGGAGAGAAACCCUACGAGUGUCCCGAUUGCGGAAAAAGAUUCAAUGUCAGUUCAAACCUGAUCAGACACCAGAGGAUCCACACAGGAGAGAAACCCUACACGUGCUCUGACUGCGGGAAAAGCUUCACUGACAAAUCCACUCUGACCCAGCACCACCGGAUCCACACAGGAGAGAAACCCUACAUAUGCACUUACUGCGGGAAAAGCUUCAGCCGCAGCUCCCACCACAAGAGACAUGAGCGAACCCACACCGGGGAAAACCCCGUGUCCUUUCUGCCCUUGUGGCCCUACCCCACCCAGACAUACUGA